AUGGACUGGGGUCAGAGUGAGCUGCCAUCUCCAGUUGUUCGAGAUGAUGAGGUGACAAUUGCUGCCCGCAGGAGGAGGAAGAAGGUGGCCUUCCCAUCACCAGGCAGUGGCAGUCCCACUGCAUCUGCAGUUACACCAGCCCGCUCUCUGCUGAAGAACACACCUGCAUCAUUGUUCAGACAGGCGGUGACACCCAGAGUCCCAGAUGUUUCCUCCAUUUUGGGUCCUGGAGGUCGGACGCCUCGAUACAUGCAUACACCCAGAAGUGUACAUGGCAGUAUGAAUCUGGAUGAGAGUGAUUGGACCAACAGCAUGUACACAUCACCUGUGUCAGGACUGGAGAACACCAGCUUCUUCACAGAUGAUAUUGCCAACUUAAGCUCUGCCUUAUUAAAGGAAGACGACCCAGGAGAGGCUGCGGCUGCCAGUCUUUUCCCAGAGUUCCUGGCUUCCUUUCUGAAACAUUCUUCCUCUGCAGUGUUUGAACUUCUGGAGGAUUACCAAAAUGUUUGCCAGGAAAAGGUGGACGUGUUGCAGUCUGUUGUCCUCAGAGCAGGUCAGAACAGUAAAACGGCAGGAGUCCGGUGGCUGCUGCAGCAAGAGAGUUGCACCUGGAGGCUGAUCAGCUCACUGUACAGAGAUAGGGUUCAGUUGGCGCUGGAAGAUGACAUUAUGACAGAUCUUGGUGUUCCUAGUGAGAGCGAGAAGGUUGUGGUGGAACAGCUGUUUCAGCGAGAUGCAGUCAUACGACAAAGCCAGCUGGUUGUUGAUUGGCUGGAGAGCAUUGCCAAGGAUCAAAUUGGAGACUUUUCCGAUAAUAUAGAAUACUAUGCCAAGAAUGUGUGUUGGGAGAACACUCUCCAUGCCCUGAAGCUGAGGAGGAAGAGUGGUGCUGCCUUCACUGUUCCUCUGGUCACUGAGCUGGACCCAGACGCUCCCCUCCGGCAGCAGCGUCCCCUGGCUGAUCUUGACAGAGAGGACGAUGCUCGACUUCUGAAGAACCUGUUCACCCUCAUUAGAGCAGGCAUGACAGAGGAGGCUCAGAGGUUGUGUAAGCGCUGUGGUCAGGCCUGGAGAGCAGCUACUCUAGAAGGCUGGAAACUGUAUCACGACCCAAACAUGACAUCAGUGAGUUCAGAGCUGCAGCCGGUUGAAGGAAACCCACAAAGAGGGAUCUGGAAAGCCUGCUGCUGGAGGAUGGCUGAGGAGGAGCAGUUAAACAGAUAUGAGAGGGCAAUCUACGCCAGCCUGAGUGGAAACCUCAAACCGCUCCUUGUGGUGUGUGAAUCAUGGGAAGACUGCGUUUGGGCGUAUUUCAGAGUAAUGGUUGAUUCGCUGGUUGAAAAGGAUCUGAUGUCAUCAGGCAUGGCCCACCAGGAAGUGGAAACAUUACCACGAGAAUAUCUGGAGGCCAAUUGGACAAUGGAAAAAGUAUUUGAGGAACUUCAAGCCUCAGAAUUAAAGAGGGUGCUGGAGGAGAACAGAGAGCAUUACCACGUCAUCCAGAGGUUUGUGAUCUUGGGAGACCUGGACGGUCUGUUGGAUGAGUUCUCUGAUUGGCUGACAUCCUCUAAACCCCUCCCCUUCCACCUGCUGCGUUUCAUGACUCACCUCCUGCUGUUUUUCCGCUCUUUGGGUUUGGCACUGAAGGAGGAUGUUUGUGUGGAUGUGUUGAAGGCAUAUGUCUCCCUGCUGAUUCGGGAUCAGCAAACUGACCUUGUGGCAAGCUAUGUUAGUCAACUACCAGCUGAUCUUGCUACUGCACAGUACGCCACAUUCCUAGAAACCAUUAAUCAGCCAGAGCUCCGCCCUCGCUGCCUGCAACUUGCAACUGAAGCAGGCCUGGAUGUGGCUGCAAUAACCAAACUUGUGGUGGAGACUGUGAGAGAGAGAGAUGAGACGGAGUUUACACACCAUAACCAGGCUCUAGAGAGUGGAACUACAAAGGAGGAUGAAAGGAAGAUAGAUGUCAUUGACUGGCUGCUGUUUGAUCCUGCCCAUCGAGCAGAGGCCCUAAAACAGUCCAACGCCAUCAUGAGGAAGUUUCUGGCUCUGCAGAAGCAUGACGCAGCCAAGGCAGUUUUCUCUAAAGUUCCUGAGGAUUCAAUGAGGGAGAUUUACUGCCAGUGGACAGGCCUCAGUGAGAACACGUCCCUACCUGCUGAGGAUGAGAAUGCCAUCAGAGAACACCUAUGUAUCAGAGCCUAUCUGGAAGCCCACGAAGCCUUCACCGAUUGGUUUAGCCACAGUAGCUCUGCCCCGCAGAAGCCAACACCUGCCCCUGAGGCCAAAUUCACAGAGCGUGUGGCCAAUGAGAUGAGGGAGAAAGAGUACCAGGCUGCUCUGUCUGCAUGGUCUUGCCGUUUGGACGUUCUGACUGAAGAUGUGAAAGAAAGAAUCUACAACGUGUUGCUAUUUGUAGAUGGAGGAUGGAUGGUCGACAACCGACAGGAUUCAGAGCAGGACUCAGAUCGCAGCCACCAGAUGACAGCGCUGCGGUCUCUUUGUCUGCCUCGCCUCAGUUUCCUGCUGCUCAGCGUGCUGCAGAACUCGUCCAGACACCAGGAGGCGCUACGACUAGCUGACAUCAUCUCAUCUGACCAGCAUAGUCUCUACCAGGUUUUCUCCAAAGAAGAACUGAGGAGGUUUCUUCAGAAGUUGAGGGAGUCUUCUCUUGCUUUGCUAGACCGAGGGCUUGAUCCACUGGGAUACGAGUUACAACCAUAAAUACACACACACAGAGAACAGUGUUUUAUCGCUGUGGUUUUUCUUAUUGUGUUGUUCACUUUUUUGCAAAAUAAAAGUAUGUGUUUCUUGUA